UUGUCAUUGCCAAGGUCUUUUUACUCUUUAGUCUCUCAAGCUAUGGCCGAUCAAGGAGAAAUUUCAGUGAACGCCACAGAACCCAACGCAACCGCCGCCGUCGCCAGCACCGAAUCAAAAGCACAGCCUGAAGUCACCGGAAAGCGCCACCGCGAAGACGGAGAGUGUGAAGAGUCAGGUUCGAAACGAAGAGCUAAAGCACAAGAUGUGUUAUUUCGAAUAUUGGUGCCUUCGAGGCAGAUCGGAAAGGUCAUCGGAAAAGAAGGACAUAGAAUCCAGAAGAUUCGAGAAGAAACCAAGGCCACUAUUAAAAUAGCCGAUGCUAUUGCCCGACAUGAAGAGCGAGUGAUCAUUAUAAGUUCCCAAGAUAGUGAAAACGUGGUUUCUGAUGCUGAAAAUGCGCUCCAACAAAUAGCUACUUUGAUUCUAAAGGAAGAUGAUAGCAAUGUAGAGGCUUCAAAAGUAACUGCAGGGCAUGUGGCUGCUAACACAAUAAGACUUUUGAUUGCUGGGUCUCAAGCAGGUUGUCUAAUUGGGAUGUCUGGUCAAAACAUUGAAAAAUUGAGGAAUUCUUCUGGUGCCACAAUUGUGAUUCUUGCUCCAAAUCAGUUACCUUUAUGUGCAUCUGCUCAUGAAUCUGAUCGAGUUGUACUGAUAUCCGGUGAUGUUCCUGCAGUGUUAAAGGCAUUGGUAGAGAUUGGUUAUCAGCUCAGGGAAAACCCACCCCGACAAGUGAUAUCCAUUAACCCAACAUACAAUUAUAGUGCAGUAAGGCCAGCACAACCGGUUGUGGAUCCUACUUCAGGUUAUUCCAUGCUUCUCAAAUCAAAUACUUCUGAAUAUGUAACAUUUGAGAUGAUGAUUUCGGAAACAUUGGUUGGUGGGCUGAUUGGAAGGUGUGGCUCCAACAUUUCGAGGAUCAGAAAUGAAUCUGGAGCAAUGAUUAAAGUAUAUGGUGGAAAAGGUGAACAGAAACAUAGGCAUAUUCAGUUUGGCGGUAGUGCUCAACAGGUAGCAUUGGCAAAACAGAGAGUUGAUGAAUACAUAUAUUCCCAGUUGAUACAACAAGCUGCUGCUCAACAGUCUCUGUAAAUUUGCAUGCUCUGCCUUUAAACUAGAAGUCUUGUGAAUUUUCUUAAGCAAGGUAUGUAGCUGAAGGCAGGAAUGAUGUAGCUGAAGUCAGAGACAUUUUACUCUUCACCGUUCCUAUUGACCCUGUAUUUUCAAGGAUUUGUAGUACCACGAAAAUAAGCCCUAGGAAUGGUUUAUGGCUUUACGCCCCAUGUAUGGUACUCGAAUUGAAUUGUGUAUGAUAUUUUGUAUCAAAAACUUGGUUUUAUGCA